CCGUAAACUGUAGCUCCUAUUUCUUUCUCUUCUUGUCUGGAUCAUUCAUUGGAUUUCUAUAUGUUUCUUCCUAGACAACUUAUAUAUCCCAUUUCAAGUUUCUAUCCUAACAUUUCCACACAAAACAUUUUCCUCUGAAUUUCUUUUUCUUCAUUUUCAGUGGAAUCAUAAUCAAAUACCAAAAAAUAGAGCACACCACUCAGCCAAUUGGUCAUGGCUGAUCAUAAGAGACAUCCCUCUGUUUUCCUACUUUGCAUGGCUUCUUUCAUUAUUAGUUCGUACGCUUACCAGUUCAGUGUUGGUGGUAGAGAUGGAUGGGUAGUCAAACCUUCCGAAGAUUAUAACCAUUGGGCUGGUAGAAUGAGAUUUCAAGUUAAUGACACUCUUUUUUUCAAGUACAAGAAAGGAUCAAACUCGGUUUUGGUGGUGAACAAAGAUGAUUAUGACAAGUGCAACGUUGACAAACCAAUUAUCAAAUUAGAAGAUGGCAAUUCAAUCUUCAAGUUUGAUCGAUCAGGCCCUUUCUACUUCAUCAGUGGCAACAAGACGUAUUGUGACCAGGGACAAAAGAUGAUCGUCCAUGUUUUAGCUGUGAGGACCCCACCUAAACCUCCGGCAUCACCACCUUCACCUUCACCUCGACCUGCACCGGCUGUAUCGCCCAUAUCUCCACCUUCAACAGCUCCUACACCUGCAGGUUCACCAAGCCUGUCGCCGCCUUCUUCGGCUCCUACACCUGCAGGUUCACCAAGCCUGUCACCGUCUUCUUCGGCUCCUACACCUGCAGGUUCACCUAGCUUGUCACCGCCUUCUUCGGCUCCUACACCUGCAGCAGCAGGCUCACCUUCUUCAGCGCCCACAUCACCCACUGCACCGGGAUCGCCGGGACCGGCCGGUGCGAACUCACCUCCGGGGCCGGCUGGUGGGAACUCGCCUCCAGGGCCGGCUGGUGCGAACUCACCUCCGGGGCCAGGGUCAUCAUCGGGAAGGCCAGCGGUUACUACUUCCACUGUAUUGGCGUCAACAAUUUCUUUACUUGUCUUAAGCGUGACUUUUGGAGCAUCCAUUAUUUCGGUCUAGAUUGACUAGUGAGAUGUACAAAAUACCCAAGUAGUACUACAAGCCAAAUUUAAUUUUGGUAAAUUGUUGUAGGAUUAGUUGAUUGUGUGGUUUUUCAUUUCUUGAAAUUUUUGGAGUGGGACUGGAUCGUUAAUUAUUUGCAUAGUUUAUUUGGAAAAGUGGGCAGGGGAUAGUUUUUUUUUUUUUUCUGGUUCUGUGAGUCGGUUUGAAAUUACGAGUAUCCAGACUCGAUAAUAAAGGGUGAACUUUGUAUUAA